GAAAAUCACUGAAGAAUCUGAAGAGGCUAUCUUGGUUAGAAUAAUUCUGGUAUGUUAUAAAGCUACAGAGACACAGAUUCAAUUCACAAGAUUAUCUACCUCUCACGCCGUCGAAUUGCCUACAGCAUAACACCGCAAACAGAGAGAAUGGCUGCAUCUAUUCUUAGACGUCGGGUCCUCUCCUGUGGUAAAGGGGCUUUGUGCACAUCCCAGAAUCUAUCCUACUUAGCACGACCAAAACCCGCCGUUCAUCCUCGGCGUUUAUUCACAUCAAAGACCAAUGGUUAUCAUCUUCCUCCACCACCCCUACCACAGCCAUCAAUCGUCAUCGAUUCCGAAGACGAGUUCUGGCGUAAAAUUCCGUUAUGGAAGGAUGUGCCUAGGGAAAAGUUUCUAUCUUGGCAAUGGGGUGUCAAUAACGUUGUUGAAGCCAAGCUAGGGCGCGAUGGCGUGUUGCAACCCAACAAUGUACUAGAUUUCCUCGACAACGUACUACCGGCCGAGGUUCCUCGACACAAUCGUAUAGGGGGUACGCAGAGCCGAGACGAACUCAUGGUAGAUAUUAUCAGUGGUAUGAGGGAGUCUACCAUGUCUGUUCGCGUCAUGCCAUACCCCCUAAGCAGGAUGGAUUGGAAGGAUCCGGCGAACGAUCCAGUCUUCCAACAGUUUAUCCCUAUGAAAUCUAUAAUGAUGCCGGACCAUCAUGCGUUAAGACUGGAUUCCCUAGACGAGAAGAAGGACAAACCAGUUGCUGCUCUUGUGCAUCGCUAUCCCGACAAAGCGCUACUGCUUCCAACCGCUGUCUGUCCGACGUACUGCAUAUACUGCACCAGGUCCUACGGUGUCGGAGGCGACACCGAGCUAGUGACUAAGGAAAAUUUCAGGGUCACGCGCGACAGACUAAACGAGGCGUUUGACUACAUCGAGAGCCAAGAGGGUCUCCACGACAUCGUGGUAUCCGGUGGCGACGCCUUCUACAUCAUGCCGCACCUGCUGGAGUGGAUCGGGGACCGGCUCAUCGGGAUGAAGAACGUCGAGCGGUUCCGGAUCGCGUCCAAAGGCCUAGCGGUGGCACCGCAUCGAUUUAUCGACAAGGACGACCAGUGGACGGAAACGCUAAUCCGCAUCUCGGACAAGGCGCGCAAGGCAGGCAAGCACAUGGCGCUGCACACGCACUUCAACCACCCCAACGAGAUCUCCUGGAUCACGGAGCUGGCUAGCCUCAAACUGACGCAGGCGGGUGUGACGGUGCGCAACCAGACGGUACUGCUGAGGGGUAUCAACGAUAACGUCGAUACGAUAAGCACGCUGGUGAAGAAGUUGGCCAGGUUGAACAUCCAGCCGUACUACGUCUACCAGUGCGACAUGGUGAAGAAGAUCGAGCACCUACGCACGCCGCUACAGACGAUCCUAGACAUAGAGUCCGCGAUCCAGGGCAUCGUCGCCGGGUUCAACAUCCCUAAGUUCGUCGUCGAUCUCCCCGAGGGCGGCGGGAAGAGGCCCGCCGCGCUCUACGAGUCGUAUGAUCGGACGACGGGCAUCUCGACGUACACGCAGCCGGCGCUGACGAGGAACGGGAAGGAGGGGAAGGUUUAUCAGUACUACGAUCCGCUUGAUAGUUUGCUACCCAGCUCUUAGGCUAAGGUGUCGGUCUCCUAAAUGGUAGAUACCUACCUUAUGUGGGACUAGAAAUGAAAGGAGAGGAGGGUGUGAUAGCUGUUAGAUCAAGUUGUUUGUUGGAUAUGUUGAGGUUAAGGACGAAGAGUGUGUAACGAAUUAACCUGGGAUAUUUGAUACUAAGGCAGAAUGAUGACGAUUUG